CCCAUGUUCUCUCAUCCGCAGAGUGCCCGUCGGAGGUCAUGUGACGCGGCCCCACCCACGGGGUAGUCCAGACGCGAUCAGCACCUCCCUCGCUCCAGGGACCACUUCCGGCUGACACUGCUGGGGAAGCGAGCGACAAAGCAACCGCGGACACCGGCGACAUGGAUGGAGGCCAUGUAUGGAAUUAUGCGCCGAGCGUCUGCCAGCUGUGAGGAGCCAGGCGUCUUGGAUUUCUUCUGGAACUGUUCGGCGUCGGGGCAGCCACUGUGGCGGAUCGACAGUGUUUGCUCUCCCCUGCAGAUGGAGUCGUGCUUGUCAGGAAUCCGGUUGUGAAUAGGCCCCACCUGACUGCCCCCUUUCGGAUAGCCACAAAUAUCUUUUAAAAUCACAUUUAAUAAUAUAAAAAGCUAACUGAUCCCUGUUUUGUUGGAAACAUAACAUUAGUAAAAUUUGACACUUUCCCAAGUGUUUAUUUUUACAAUGUUGACACCUGACGCUGCUUAGGGAAAUUUCGGAAUCCGCUCUCAAUUGGUCCCAAUCUCCUUCCUGCGACGAAACAAAAAUCGUGGUUCCCUCCCGGGACACGGGACGGCGGAACGAUGGGAGACAUGGCGAACAGCACGGUGGAUUUUCUGCCCAAGAGCCCUCGCUCGGAGGCGAACCACGACAGCGAUUUCGGGUGCUCCCUGCCAGAGCUGCGGGGCCUCAUGGAGCUGCGUGGGGCCGAAGCGCUGUGCAAGCUGCAGGACUCCUACGGCGACGUCUACGGCCUCUGCAAAAGGCUCAAGACCUCGCCCACUGAAGGGCUGAGCGGGAGUUCCUCGGACCUGGACAUCAGGAUAUCGGUGUUCGGCCAGAACUUCAUCCCUCCCAAGAAAGCCAAGACCUUCCUGCAGUUAGUGUGGGAGGCCCUGCAGGACGUGACGCUCAUCAUCCUGGAGGUGGCGGCUCUCAUCUCGCUGGGCCUCUCCUUCUACCACCCCCCCGGGGGUGACAAUGAAGUGUGUGGCAGCGCGGCAGGCGGCGUGGAGGACGAGGGCGAGGCAGAGGCCGGCUGGAUCGAGGGGGCCGCCAUCCUGCUGUCCGUCAUCUGCGUGGUGGUGGUCACCGCCUUCAACGACUGGAGCAAGGAGAAGCAAUUCCGUGGGCUGCAGAGCCGCAUCGAGCAGGAGCAGAAAUUUUCGGUGAUCCGAGGUGGCCAGGUCAUCCAGAUACCCGUGGCCGAGAUCGUGGUCGGGGACAUCGCGCAGGUCAAAUACGGGGACCUACUCCCGGCCGACGGUGUGCUCAUCCAGAGCAACGACCUCAAGAUCGACGAGAGCUCCUUGACGGGCGAGUCGGACCACGUGCGCAAAACCAUUGACCGCGACCCCAUGCUCCUCUCAGGGACCCACGUGAUGGAGGGCUCCGGACGGAUGCUCGUCACGGCCAUCGGCAUCAACUCCCAGACGGGUAUCAUCUUCACGCUGCUGGGCGCCGGCGGGGAGGAGGAAGAGAAGGAGAAGAAGGAGAAGAAAGCACGUCCCGGCGCGUCCCCGCGACGGGACGAGGGUCCCCCGAGCUCGAAGCUUCACCAAAGAGUCGUGUGGCACCGGGAACCCGGCAUCCGCAGGCCGCAGAUUGAGCAGGAGCGCCUGGACAAGGUGUGGCCCAAGCUGCGGGUCCUGGCCCGGUCCUCGCCUACCGACAAGCACACGCUCGUCAAAGGUAUCAUCGACAGCACCAUUGGGGAGCAGCGCCAGGUGGUGGCCGUCACAGGAGACGGAACCAACGAUGGGCCGGCACUGAAGAAGGCCGAUGUCGGCUUCGCCAUGGGCAUCGCGGGCACCGACGUCGCCAAGGAGGCGUCGGACAUCAUCCUGACGGACGACAACUUCAGCUCCAUCGUGAAAGCGGUGAUGUGGGGGCGCAACGUCUACGACAGCAUCUCCAAGUUCCUGCAGUUCCAGCUCACGGUCAACGUGGUGGCCGUCAUCGUGGCCUUCACGGGGGCCUGCAUCACGCAGGACUCCCCGCUCAAGGCGGUGCAGAUGCUGUGGGUGAACCUCAUCAUGGACACGUUCGCGUCGCUGGCACUCGCCACCGAGCCGCCCACCGAGGCGCUGCUCCUGCGCCGGCCGUACGGGCGCAACAAGCCGCUCAUCUCGCGCACCAUGAUGAAGAACAUCCUGGGCCACGCCGUCUACCAACUCACCGUCAUCUUCACGCUGCUCUUCACCGGCGAGACGCUGUUUGACGUGGACAGCGGGCGCAACGCGCCGCUGCACGCGCCGCCCUCGGAGCACUACACCAUCGUGUUCAACACCUUCGUGCUCAUGCAGCUCUUCAACGAGAUCAAUGCGCGCAAGAUCCACGGGGAGCGCAACGUCUUCGAGGGCAUCUACCGCAACCCCAUCUUUUGCUCCAUCGUCGUCGGCACUUUCAUCAUCCAGAUUGUCAUUGUGCAGUUUGGUGGGAAACCCUUCAGCUGUACAGGCCUCAAGUUCGACCAAUGGCUGUGGUGCGUCUUCUUGUCACUGGGCGAGCUGCUGUGGGGACAGCUCAUUUCGAGCAUCCCCACGGCGCACCUCCACUUCCUGAAGGAGGCGGGGCACGGCACGCACAAGGACGAUAUUCCCGAGGACGAGGAGGAGGACGAGGAGGAGAUUGAUCACGCAGAGCGAGAGCUUCGCCGUGGACAGAUUUUGUGGUUCCGUGGCCUGCACAGAAUACAAACACAGAUGGGGGUAGUGAACGCCUUCCAGGGCGGCUCUUCCUUGCAGGGAUCUCUCAGGCGGCAGCCUUCGAUCCGUGUGGUGAAAGCAUUCCGUAGCUCGCUGUACGAGAAGCUCGAAAAGCCAGAAGCCCGCUCCUCAAUCCAUAACUUCAUGACGCACCCCGACUUUGGCAACGGCGCCGGAAACGGCUCCGAGCCGCACAUCCCCCUGAUCGACGACACGGACGCGGAAGAGGACGACGCCCCGACCAAGCGGCGCCAGCACGGCAGCGAGGACAGCCUCGCGGCGCACUCCCCCAACCGCAACAACAACGCCAACUACGACCGCCACUCGGGCGCACGCCCACCGCCGCAGCCCCCUCUCUCGAGCUCCUACCUGGGAGCGUACAAGCCGCCCGUGGCUCACAGCCGGCCCGGCAGCCCGCUGCUCAGCUUCGAGACCUCCUUGUAGGAGAGUAUCGCCGGCUCCCAUUUUUCGGUUCUUCACUUGAGGUUCCCCCCCCUAGACUGUGCUGUCCGCAAUCGGCGUGUGUGCAGAACCCCCCCCCCCCCCCCCCGCGGCGUCGCUCGCUGCCCCGCGCAACCUCCCCCACACCGGUCACCCCGCACUGCGGCCGCCGCUUGUUUUGAAAUUGACGCGCUUUUUGUGUCGCACUUUAGCUUUUAACGUCAUCCGUGAAGGGCGCGUGACUGGUGAUAGCUUGACGCACAUCGUUAUUUGACGAAAACUUUAAUUUGAUAGAUUUGUUCAGGUUUCGCGUGACACUAUAUAACAAGAGUGAGGUUUUAUGCACACAUACCACCACUAUUUUGCAUGCUUCCCUUCCAAUGCAUCUGAGAUGUUGUGCUGCUGGGUGUUUAAGGCAUGACUUUUGCUCAUAGAGUAAACGGUAUUGCGGCGUCGGCACGCGUCACCCGCGUACGCACGGUUCCGCGUGCGUCCACGUGCAUCUUGCGUCUGCGUGUGCACUUGAGUCCCAGUCCGUGGCUACGCGAGUCCUCGUUGUGCGGUGCGAGGUGGCGCCACGCUCGUAGGCGUGACGGUCAAUCUUCGGCCACUCCACUGGCGAGCACCGUACCGGGUACCCGAUAGUUUAGAGAUUCGUGAGGUCGAUUGAGCCCAGAGCGAGCGCGUGAGCAGCCCUGACGAGUGACUUAUUGGCCCCAAUGCCGCAGGAUGUGCGCUGUGUUGGCCAUUAAGGUGCUCGCUAACAGCACCUGCCCCGACAGCUCAAUCGAGCUAAAUGAGGGAGUCGUUUUUCUGUGCGCGUGCACGCGUGUGCGUGUUUCGGUGCGUGCGUGCGUGCCAAGGUAUAAGUGUGCCCCAAAGCCGUUUGUGUGGACAAGUGAGCGUACAAGUCAAACCGCUAUAAAAAAAAAUACUCCUUCGUUACUCCUCGGGCCUGCUUGUUCAUUCAGGCCGGUCGGUUCGAGUCGAGCGCGAUCACCGCUGGAAACGGGCACCCACGUUCAAUGUGUGCAUGCAUGCCUCUAGAACAACCAUGGACAACGGCUGACUCGUCAUCUUAAGCGUUUUAAUUUCAUGGGGGGGGGGGGUUUGCCUCGAUAUUUAAUGGAUUGUGAGACGUUCCUGCCAUCGGCUUAUACUCGUAUGGAUAUAUUUGUUUCCAAAAUGAUAAAUGCAGUUUUGUUUACAAGGGAUUUGUAGAUAUUGUGUGUGCGUUGCUGCUCUAAGCUCACGUGGUUUUAGGUGGCGGCCAUGAAAAGCCAUUCUGAUGAUUAAGAAAAAAAAUACUGCUGCAAUAUCUGGCGUAAGCUCAGGGGAGCGCCAGGGGAAGGGUAUUUCAUUCUGAACACCCCGAAGGAAGCGACGGUGUGAGCUCCAGAGGCCGGUUGAGCUGCAACACGCGCGUCGGAAGCAUUACGGAGCAUUAACUAUUUAUUUUGCGGGGGUGUUCCAGUAUCGGGCUAACCCUGCGUGAACCUCUGCUGGUCCUGGAGUGUUUUAAUAAGCUGUGCACCAAUAUGAUAUUGGCCUGCUGUUGUUGACUCCUGUCAAAUAUUGUAGAUAAAAAAACGGCGUAUAUGCUAGCCAAACGUACAGAUGAAACGGUGGUCUAUUUAACGCGUGGUUAUUACGAGUCUAGAAAGACGUUCGCUGUGGGUUUUUUUAGUUUGAGUGAAAGGGAACAUUUUUGAAGUGUAAGAGAUUUUCCGUAACUUGCUAAAAGGCUAAUAUGUGUUUCUCUCUCUUCUCUUUUCUCUCUUGCUACGACACUGGUUUCAUCAAACAUCGAUAAUAACCGCUUGGCGCAGGAGGGCAUCUUAUUUUCUUGUCGUUGCUGCUGCUGCAUGUGCGUGCUCAAUACCUGGGUAUUCGUGGGCUCUCCUCCUCGGGAAGGGAAUGCUUUUAGCGCGGUAGGGGAGUUAUUCAAUGACGUAAUGCAACCCGUUUUCAUUUUGUCUGUAGACGGUGAAUUGUGAGUGUCCUGGUUGUAUAUGUGAGUGAUGAAUCUGUGUAGAUUUCUUUUUCAUAAAACGAAGGCGAAAAAAACCUUACGAUUUAGACAUUUACGAUAUAUUACACACUCCAGCGUGACCUUUUAAUUGCAGCUCUACAGGCUGUGGUUUUCUAGAAUUUGAAAUCCCGAUCGCAAUGACUUCUUCUCACCUUUAGAACCGGAACUAUCUUUCCAAGGGGCGUAAUGUUGAUGUUAUUUCAUUGUCACGGGCCUGCACUAUGAACCCCCAUGCUCCUUCAACAUGGAAUCUUGCUCACUUAGUCACUUGUUUCCACAUUGUUUGUUACGUUUUUCUUUUUGUUGAGACUGUGGUAUUCAGGGAUGUAAUAUUAAACAAAACAAAGUUAAUAUUCCAAAUAAUAUGACUUUGCUGUGCUGCGCCGUUCCUGACCGUUGUGUUUCCGAGUUGGUUGAAGCGGUUUCCCCGAUGGUUUCGUGUUUCCGGAAUGAAUGCAUGCUGCGCGUGUGUUGUAGCGCCCUCCACCACAUCCUCCUUGUCUCCCCUCGACGCACUGUGCAAUGACCCCUCCCCCUCCCUCCAUCCCCCCCGGCUUCCCUGGUGCUGUGGCGUUGCCCUCUCAUUCUUGGCUGUUUCACACUCUUUGCGUUGUGACCUCUUUCAUGCAUGAUUUUCUCUCUCCCAAAUGCGGAGAUUUUUAAAACUUGGGGAUGAUUUUUGCGGAUGACUUUGUGUUUGAUUAAAUUGAACCCUUGUUUGAAGAAGGCGCACGUGGUAACCCUCUCACAAAGGUCAAUAACGUGAGAAUGGAAAGGUCUUGAAGAUCGGUAGCUAAAAUUUUUCGAUUCAAAUCGUAGUUUUUAACAAAAUAUAUCUCAAAGUGUAACUAUUUUUCCUCCAGUCUUAAAACAAUCUCUGGUCUUCUAAACAACACGGUGGGGUUUUUUUUAAGAUGUGUAUUUUUGAAACGAAGGUAAAACUUUUAAAAACAAAGCGAUCGCAGCGUUUAAGAAUGAGCCCAUUUUAAAAUUGCCAAAGGCUGGCUGUCGUUUCGCGAGUGACGGCUCUCGCAUCACGUGGGCUUGCCGCGGAGCACCCAGUCGUGCUCUUUGGUCAAAUGGUUGCUCAUUCACUUAGCCGGUUCGUAUCUCUCAAUUGCUAACAACAAAACAACAACACCCACUUCUACUGUAAGCAAAAAUGUUUAUGUUAUUUUAACCCCUACACAUGCUGUAAAUAAAAUGAUGUAUUCGUGUCUGUGUUCGUUCCA